GGCGCGGCGCCGGCGCGCUGAGGGCGCUGCGCAUGCGCAGUGCGGGAGCGCGCCCGGCCCAGGCGAGUGUCCGGGUGUGUCUGGCAGCAGGAGCAGUGGAGCCCAGCCCCUCUCAGCCUGUGUCCCAGCAUGGCAGACCAGAAGCGUCUGGCCUAUUCCAUCAUCCAGUUCCUGCACUCCCAGCUCCAGAGUGGCAGCAUGUCCCCAGAUGCUCAGGAGAGUUUGGAAGUGGCCAUCCAGUGCCUGGAAACAGCAUUUGGGGUCUCCAUGGAAGAUCAAGGGCUGGCUGUGUCCCAAACCCUUCCUGAAAUAUUUGAAGCUGUGGCAGGGAAGGAGCUGGAACAUUCCAGAACAAACUCAGAGCCUGUCACCCCCUCAGAAGAUGAUGUGGCUGAAGCUGAAAGACUCAAAACUGAAGGAAACGACCAAAUGAAGGCAGAAAAUUUCGAGGCUGCCGUGUCUUUUUAUGGAAAAGCCAUCGAGUUAAACCCAGCCAAUGCUGUUUAUUUCUGCAACAGAGCUGCUGCCUACAGCAAGCUGGGCAAUUACGCCGGAGCCGUGCGGGACUGCGAGCGCGCCAUCGGCAUCGACCCCGGCUACAGCAAAGCCUACGGCAGGAUGGGCCUGGCUCUCUCCAGCCUAAACAAACACACAGAAGCUGUUGUUUAUUACAAAAAAGCUCUGGAGUUGGAUCCUGACAAUGAAACCUACAAAUCCAACCUCAAAAUAGCAGAACAGAAAAUGAAGGAGACUCCCAGUCCAACCGGCGGCCCCGGCGGGUUCGACCUGGCGGGAUUGCUGAACAACCCCGGCUUCAUGAGCAUGGCCUCAAACCUCAUGAACAACCCCCAAGUACAGCAGCUAAUGUCUGGGAUGAUCUCAGGAGGCCACAACGCCAUGGGAGCCACCGGGAGCAGCCCCUCCACCAACGACCUGGCCAGCCUGAUCCAGGCGGGUCAGCAGUUUGCGCAGCAGAUGCAGCAGCAGAACCCCGAGCUCAUCGAGCAGCUCCGCAGCCAAAUCCGCAGCCGGACCCCGAGCGCCAGCAACGAGGAGCAGCAGGAGUGAGCCGUGGCAAUUCCAGGAUUUGUUCCCGGCCGGAGCCGCGCCCGUGUUGCCAUUUCUGCCCUUGGGAGUGUCCAAGAGGGGGAAAAUCCCAAACCCAGAAUGGAGAAAAAACAGAAAAAUUCCCCAAAUUUCCCUCCCUGCAUGUCCCCCACAAUUCCCAUUUUUCCAGCUCCUCCCAUUAUUUUUUCCCCUUUCCAGCUUUUUUUUCUUUUUUUUUUUUUUCUCCUGGCAGCACCAAAUUCUCAAUUUCCCACCCGGACUGGGAGAAUUCCUCUGGGAAAUUCCCAAAUUCCUGCAGGAUUUGCUGCCUGGACAGUUUUUAUUUUUGAUUUUUCUCGGUUUUUUGGAGGAUUUCCAAGCAAAUUCUUCUUUUUUUUUUCCCCAAUUUCCCCUUCAGGAGCCACUUCCAAGAAGUGUUUGAGUCCCUGCUCAUCCCCAGCCUGGAAUUCCUGGGAUUUUCCACCUUCUGGGAAUGAGGAUUUUGUUCCAAAUCUGGGAUUUUUUGGGAAUUUUGCUGCUCCCCUCUCCAGGAUCCACAGGGGGAUGUCAGGACUGAAACUCCCCCAGGCGUUUUGGGGCUUUUUUCCAUCCCAAAAAAUCCUGGAAAAUCCCAUUUAAGUGUGUGGCAACUCUGGAAAAAUGGGAAUUUCUCCCAUGGAACAUGGGCAGGGAGGGAGUGAAGGUGUUUUUAGUGUGUUUAAAGGAGUUUUUUCUGAAUUAUUUUGAUUUUUUUUAAUUGCAUGUCCGUGAUCAGCCUGGGGUGGGGCGGAGGGAAUCCAAAAAUUCCCGUUUGGAUCCAAAUUUGGGAUCCAAAAAUCCGGGAUUUGAGCAGGGAGCCGCCUCCAAUCCCACCAGAGGGAUGUUUUAAAAAUCCAAAAUGGAUUUCAAUCCGAUUUUUUUGGCUCCUGGGGGAGGAGGAGCCCCUCUGGAACGUUGGGGAGACGGAAAAAAUCAUGGAAAAAAGUGAUUUUUUUUGGUGGGGGCUCCGUGGAAUUCAUGUGGUUCGUGUCACUCAUGAGGAAUAAAACCAUUUGGACACUUUGGUUGUUA